AUGAGGCGAAGGAUCAAGGAGUACAACAGGGAUCACGCUGUUCGGAAGAAGGACCUCAUGGAUGAAAAUGUUCAGGGUUGGGGGACGAAACGCAGCGAGAAGAUACGUGGAAGAGGCAAGUACCGUGAGUGGACGUCAGCGGCCAUUCUGCGUGUGGCGUGUUCACCUCAGUUACAGUUACUUUCUUCAGCUGUUUUGGGUUAUAGAUAG